AUGACAUCCAUUCGAGCAUUGGAAUUCUUCAGCGGCAUUGGAGGCUUGCAUUUUGGUUUCAAUGCCAGCGGUGCCAAUGGUCAAGUGCUGGAGAGCUUUGACAUGAACCAGCAGGCGAACGAUACCUACAAACUAAGCUUUGGAAAAUCGCCCAUCUCGAGAGGAAUCGACCGGUUGAUGGUUAAGGACAUUGAAAAAUACAACGCCAACUGUUGGUUGAUGAGCCCGCCUUGCCAGCCCUACACACGCGGAGGAAAGCUGCUAGACGAUCAAGACAACCGGGCUAAGCCUCUCCUGCAUUUGCUGGAUCAGCUGGAAAAGAUGAAGACACCACCGCAGUACCUCUUUCUGGAGAACGUCAAGAACUUUGAGGUUAGGAAAGCAACAGGCGAAAACACUCUUCAGGCGUACCAUGAACAACAAGAGACAUUCAACUGA